GAGCUCCUCUCAGCACGUGGAGAAGAGAGACUCCAGAGCUCCGCGCUCGCAGCUCACUACACUUGUUACGGCUGGUCCUGGGAGCGGAGAGGGCGAGCUCCGGCUGAGGGCUGGGUGGGAGCCGGCAGCCGGCAGCCAGGCAACCAAGGGAGACAGGCACAAAGAUCGCAGUAAUAUUCGUUAUAACCAGCCAUCUAACCCAGGCCCCCCCAACACACACCCAUCCAUCCCACCAGCCUAGAGAGGCAGCCAGCGGUCCAGCUCUCUGAACCCAGAAAGAAAAAAAAAAAAAAAGCCCCAGCCAUGAGCAAUCAGUACCAGGAGGAGGGCUGCUCUGAGAGGCCCGAGUGCAAAAGUAAAUCUCCAACUUUGCUCUCCUCCUACUGCAUCGACAGCAUCCUGGGCCGGAGAAGCCCGUGCAAAAUGCGGCUGCUGGGAGCCACGCAGAGCUUGCCUACCCCGCUGGCCAACCGUGUUGACCAGGAAAAGGCCAUGCAAGGCUCCCCCAAGGGCAGCGCCCCAUUCGAGGCCGAGCUGCACCUGCCUCCCAAGCUGCGGCGCCUGUACGGCCCGGGUGGGGGCCGCCUCCUCCAGGGUGCUGCAGCUGCGGCGGCGGCGGCGGCGGCGGCGGCGGCGGCCACCGCCACAGCGGGUCCUCGGGGGGAGGCUCCUGCGCCGCCGCCGCCGCCGAGCGCGCGACCCGGGGAGCGGCCGGACGGUGCGGGUGCCGCCGUGGCCGCCGCCGCCGCCGCCGCCUGGGACACGCUCAAGAUCAGCCAGGCGCCGCAGGUGAGCAUCAGCCGCAGCAAGUCGUACCGGGAAAACGGGGCGCCCUUCGUGCCGCCACCGCCCGCGCUCGACGAGCUGGGUGGCCCGGGGGGCGUCACACACCCAGAGGAGCGUCUCGGCGCGGCCGGAGGUCCCGGUGGUGCUCCGGCGGCGGGUGGCGGCCCGGGAGCGGAGGAUGACGAGGAGGAGCUGCUGGAGGAUGAGGAGGAUGAGGACGAGGAAGAGGAGCUGCUGGAAGACGACGAGGAGGAGCUGUUGGAGGACGAUGCUCGCGCGCUGCUCAAGGAGCCCAGGCGCUGCUCCGUGGCUGCCACAGGGGCCGUGGCCGCAGCAGCUGCAGCUGCUGUGGCCACCGAGGGCGGGGAGCUGUCGCCCAAGGAAGAGCUGCUGCUGCACCCGGAGGACGCAGAGGGCAAGGACGGCGAGGACAGCGUGUGCCUGUCGGCGGGCAGCGACUCAGAAGAGGGGCUGCUGAAGCGCAAACAGAGGCGCUACCGCACCACGUUCACCAGCUAUCAGCUGGAGGAACUGGAGCGAGCCUUCCAGAAGACGCACUAUCCGGACGUCUUCACCAGGGAGGAACUAGCCAUGAGGCUGGACUUGACAGAGGCACGAGUCCAGGUCUGGUUCCAGAACCGUCGGGCCAAGUGGCGCAAGCGGGAGAAGGCUGGUGCGCAGACCCACCCCCCGGGGCUGCCCUUCCCUGGGCCUCUCUCUGCCACCCACCCGCUCAGUCCCUACCUGGACGCCAGCCCCUUCCCCCCGCACCACCCAGCGCUUGACUCAGCCUGGACGGCCGCAGCCGCGGCUGCAGCAGCCGCCUUCCCGAGCCUACCUCCGCCUCCAGGCUCGGCCAGCCUGCCGCCCAGCGGGGCCCCGCUGGGCCUGAGCACUUUUCUAGGCGCUGCCGUGUUCCGGCACCCGGCCUUCAUCAGCCCAGCAUUCGGCAGGCUCUUUUCAACCAUGGCCCCCCUGACCAGCGCGUCGACCGCGGCCGCGCUCCUGAGACAGCCCGCCCCCGCCGUGGAGGGCGCUGUGGCGUCGGGCGCGCUGGCCGACCCCGCCACCGCGGCCGCAGACAGACGCGCCUCUAGCAUAGCCGCCCUGAGGCUCAAGGCCAAGGAGCACGCCGCGCAGCUCACACAGCUCAACAUCCUGCCGGGUACCAGCACGGGCAAGGAGGUGUGCUAAAGGCUACCCUCCACCCUCGCGCUCCAGGCGCGCCCCGGAAGGUCACCUCACUCAGCACCACUCAAGACCAAAUGGAAACAGAGGACCAGCACACUCCCGUGACGGCUAUGAGAGAGCGCGGCCGCCUUCGAAGCCGCCUGGAUACAGGCAAGGUGGCCCUCGGCGCUAACGGACGUGGCACCUCCUCGGCUGGCUGUCCACCCGCCCCUGUUCCUGCCCAUGCCCCUGCCCCUGCCAACCUCGCUCCAGCUCCAACGUCCACUCUAUCCCAUACUCUACUGAAAAUUACGGGGAGGAGUUCUCCCCGAGACACCUAAUGUUGAAGUUUAAACAAAAAUGAAAGCCCAGCCUCUCUUCCUCUUAGCUUUUCUUUUGAAUAGUAUGUUGGCGCUCUAAGUAGAUCUCCGCUCGGCCCGGUGUGAAGCCGGGGCCAGGGAAGCGAAUGCGAAUCUGUAAGAUAGCUAACAGUGCACUUAAAGUAAAGGGGCGUCUUGUUCUUGUUCUCUUCUUUAUCAUACACCAACCAAGGUUUUUAUAUCAAACCAAAGGGAAAUACUCUGCUAGAAUAUGGACUGUUGAAGUCACCAAACUGUGAUUAUUGAUUCUGUACAUACCAUUGUUAUUAAAAAAAGAACAGAGCUUUGUAUAUUUGAAAUGUUAUAACGCAAUUGCACUCAGCGUGGUAUGGUAAAAGUUUGUCCUCCUGUAGAUUCUUACUGUGUUGUAGAUACGGUAGGGUUCCUAGACAAAUAUUUAUGUACUCAAGCCCUUUAUUUAACUUAUUAACUGUAGAGGCUUCGGAAACCUUCAAGAUAAAAGGCAAUGGUACAGUACUUUUGUGUAAUGUGUAAUUGUUAUCACUUUUCCUUGCUAUCUAGUGGAGAAGUGUCACGCUCAUAAUAAAAAAAAUAUAUGUUUAACAAAA